UUGCACUGCCUGUGUCCGCCACCCGUCCGGUUCAUUUUACUUACUUUCCUCCAUGCUGCUGGCUUGCUUGGUUUUUACUACACCCUUCUAAUCUACCAACCGCAUCAUAAUCCUCCAGCCGGAGCAUCAUCUUCGCGCCCUUGGUUUUCUGCUGUGCUCGUCCGACUCUCCAAGCUAUUCCCCGAGUUGUAUUUUCCAGGAACUUUCGGACCAUCUUUAUAAUUUCCAUCGCAAGCGGGGCUUCUUAUCUUCACACGUUCGUUCAUACCGGAUAGGCCCAGGCUCUGCAUCGACUCCCUCACACAAAUCCCCUUCCAAUCUUGGGAAAAUGGCACCCAAGCCAAAAACGAGACUCGCAAUACUCAUUGCAACCCUGGCUCUGCCCCGGGAUGUCUUUUCUAUCCAAGUGACGCCAAACUCGCCCUGCGCAUCGUCCUGCAUGGACAGCCCGUCUCUUGACAGGUCGGACCCUAAGUCGUCCAACACGCGCCCGUCGGACAUGACGUGUGCGGAUGCCGACUACAAUCAGAGCCCGGGAGGCAGGAAGUGGAAGUCCUGCAUCACUUGCCUGGAAAAGAGCGGCUACUCUCAGGGGAGCGAGUCAGACCAAGGGUGGUACCUUUACAACAUACGGUACAACUUCAACUACUGCAUCUUUGGUUUCCCCAACAACACCGCCAUCGGCUCGAACCCCUGCCAGACCUCGAGGGCGUGCGGAGCCCUCGCAAACGCCCUCCAACAUGACAGUUCGGGCCCGGAUCCCAAGGGCGACUACACAUACUGCAAUGCCGACGGAGGCUCCAUGACGGGCGAGUUCUACGACAAGUGCCUCACCUGCAUCGGCGGCUUCAAGGAGCAGGGCUAUGUGAGGAACGGGCUGGUCGCCCUCGAGGCCGGGUGCCAGCAGCGCCCGGCCCCGGGUAAGACCGUCGGCAUCUCGGGCUCCAUCUUCUCGUCCGACCGCAUCACCAUCCUGAACGCGCGCGCCGGCGACAAGGAUGGCGAGGGCUCGGGCGCCCCGACCACCACCAUCGUCAUCGCCGUCAUCUCGGGCGUCAUAGGGCUGGCCGCCGUGGCUGCCGUCGUGUACAUGUGUGUUCGCAAGCGCCGGAACCGCAGAGAUCGCGCCGGCUUAAGGCGCAGCGGCGGCGGCGACCACCGCCGCCAGAGCUCGCUCUCCUUUUGGUGCCCGACCCCGCGGAAUCCCAACCCGCUCCAGAUGUUUGCCGGCCCCGGCGGCGACGGCUACGACGACCUCGCCGCCGCCCAGGUCCAGCACCAGCAGCAGGACCACCAGCACCAGCAGCAGCAGCAGCAGAAGCCGCAGCACAUCGUGUCCGUCCGCGACAGCGUCACCCCCACGCCGCCCGCCAACCUCUGGCGCACGAGCCACGCCGUCGCGGCGACGGCGUCCCUGUCGCCCGUGGACGAGGACAAGAAGUCCCACCAGGCGGGGUGGUCGCCGUCGUCCCCGCGCCGCCAGGACUGGUCCUUCACCCCCGGCCACAACGACGACGACAAGAAGGAGCUUACCGCGCUCGGGCUCGACGCGACCGGCGGCGACAACGGCGGCCUCUACCAGCUCAAGACCUGCUGUCGUACGCCCACGCCCCCUACGUCCCCGCCGACCACCCGCCCGUGGCCGCCGGCGGCUCGCCCAUGA